CGGUCUCGUAGAAGCAAACGCGUGGCAUGUACUCUUUUAACAAAUCCCCCCGAUUACAAUUCAAAACUCGCCACGUCCUCUCCAAUAUAUCAACCGUUACUGACGUGGCACCGUCUUCCUCGUGAUUGAAAAUUAAUAGACGCAUAAUGUGGGUCCACGUCCACGUGUCAAAAUCAAGUGGGAUAUAUUGUUUUGCUUACAAUGGUAGGGCAUGCACCAGAUUCAUUCCGGCAAUCUAUAUAAACAAAAUCCCAUUUCAUUUUGAGUACCCGAAUUUUGGUUGGUGAAAUCAGAAAUGAUUUGAGAAGCCCUAAAUCGAAAGUUUUCAUUGAAAUUAUGAGCCCUCAACCACAGCAGCAGCUCCAUGGAAAGAGGGAUAAUCAGAAUCAGAGCAUCAACAAUGGCAAUGGUAAUGGCAAUAAACCAUUGUGUCCACCUCCAUUGAAGAUCAAUAAGGAUUCUCAUUUGAUCCGAAAAUCUUCCUCUUCUUCAAAUACUUCUUCUCCUUCUUCGUCUUCAUCUUCCACUACCUCUCUUGUCAAUGGCGUUAAGCCGCCUCAACGGCAUCCGGUGAUUAUAUACACGCAUUCUCCAAAAAUUAUUCAUACACAUCCUCGAGAUUUCAUGGCGUUGGUUCAAAAGCUAACCGGAAUGUCUCGAUCUGAUGAUGAAGCUUCUACAAAGGCGACCACGAAAUCCGUCGAUGAGAAUAAUAAAGGGUCUAAAAAAGCUGUUGUGAAUGACGAUAAUGAAUCGUCUUCUGUUGUGACGACGGAUGAAAAUUGCUGCGGCGGCGGAAGCGGUGUGGUGGAAGGUGGUCAGGUUAAUUCGUGUUUUGGUGCGGCGAUUUUUGAACCACCGCCGCCACCACCUCCGCCACAACUAGCGAAUUCUUACCUAACGAAUAUUCCGGUUUAUAGGCCGAAUUCGACGGAGUUUUUGUGCACUAAUCAACCGUCGUUUUUUAACUACGAUGAUUCUUUGCUUUUUGGUGCGCACAAUAUUCCUUCUCUUUCGUCCAACGGAAUCAAUGAUUUCUGCGAAUAUAGCGAAUUUUAGAAUGAUUUUUCUUUUUUAAUUUACUUUAAAUAGUUGAGUUUGG